AUGCUUUGUUCGGAGACUACUACGAUCAAAGACUUUUUGAUUGAGAAACAGAUCGGCCUUGGGUCAUACGGCAAGAUUGUACUUGCUAAGCAUAAGGCCUCUGGCGCUUUAUAUGCCAUCAAAAUGGUUUCUAGAAGGAACGUGCAGAAAUCUAAAAGGCUCGAAACAGCUAAUAUUGAAAAGCGAUGUCUUGAGAGUAUAGAUAGCCAAUAUGUCGUUAAAUUGUAUGGAUAUUUUGAAGAUCCCCUUUGCUUUAAUUUUGUUUUAGAAUACGUUGAAGGCGGAGACAUGUUUACUCUUCGCCAUGAACUGGUUCCACAACUACCACAUAUUUUUAAGCAAGUAGUCUCUUCCCUCGCAUAUUUACACUCGCAUAAGAUCAUCCAUCGUGAUAUAAAGCUUGAGAACAUUUUGGUUGAUCAUAACAAUAACAUUAAGCUCUGUGACUUUGGAUCAGCUAAGAUAUGUGAAGAAGAAACAAGUACAUUCUGCAGAAGUUCAUAUAUCGGAAGUGCUGAUUACACGGCUCCUGAAAUACUUAACAAACAAGACAUUUGUCAUGCACUUGACCUUUGGGAUCUUGGAAUAGCAAUAUAUGCUGCAUACAAUGGCCAUGGUCCAUUUUAUUCACUAAAUCGACUUCAAGUUUUUGAUAAUAUUCGCAAUUGCAAAUAUGCGAUGGUCGAAACAAUACCUGGAGCUGCACAGGAUUUAAUAUCUAAACUUCUCAAGUUAGAUCCAAAGGAAAGACUCGGAUAUAACGAUUUCAGCACAGGAUACUCUACAAUUCUUUCACAUCCAUACUUCAAUUAA